GACAAUGGCAACUGUAGGACAUUUACUUAUGCGCUGUGAGAAUAUGGUAAUAGCGAUAUCUUGACAGUGCUCAGUGGUUGAUAAAACUCUAGUGUGCUGGACUGGCAAGGAUUACGGGGAGAGUCCUUCGGAAUUUUCGCAUACGAUCUAAGAAGAAUUAAUAGAUUCAUUGACAUUAAGCAUCUGAUAAUUCAGGCUUAUAUAUUGGUUGGUAUUCAGCUCAAAGUAUUGAAGAGAUAUUCUUGAUACCUGCCUUGGACGCUUUUACAUCGAGUGAGUAGGUGUAGAAACUUCCACGAAAGUGUCGAGAGAAAUGGAUUAACUAUUUGUCAAUUGUUAACUAAGAUAGUGGAUAAACUGUUCAUUGACCAGAAAAGUAGACAGUUUUACACCCUAUUUGCCUGACUACGUUUCGUAGCCAGCGUACCGCUGGUCCUGUGAUACAAGACAACUUUGGUUCAAGUCUUAUCAUACAUCUUUCGUUGAGUGAAAGACAACACAACUUUUCGCCAUGGAUGUGGUUUACACGGACGGUACGACACCAUUGGUAGUCGGGGCUCUCUUGAUUAUCGUUGUGGUCCUGCCCUGCAUAAUUCUCAACAUACUCUUCCUAGUCAUGUACGGGAAAAGGAAGAGGCUCAGGGUACCUACAAACUUUAUGUUGAUCAGCUUAGUCGCGGUUGAUUUCGUAGCUGUUGUUCUCUGGACGAUAUUCACUGUCCUUUCGGCGUUCAAUACUUCAUCUGCCACGCUGCUGCUCUCCACGGACGCUACUCUCUGUACGAUGCAAGUCGUCAUAUCGACAUGGUACCAACUUAUGAACAUGCACACUUUCGCCAUCUUCUCGAUAGAAAGGGUUCUUCGUUUCUGGAAGCCGACACUUCACGCCGAAUGUUUCUACAACGAUGUGGUGGUCAUAGUCAUGCUGGUGUUCCUGUGGAUCUUCGAGAUCGCCAUGGCCCUGUUCCCUGUCUAUGGAUGGGGCGAGGUUGGCUACCAAGGCCUCGAGUUCCAGUGUGCCUUUGACAACACCAAGGCUGCCAGCAGGAUGAAUGCCAUGUUCAUGUUCAACUAUUGCAUGCCCUUCCUUUUCACUCUCUUCUGCUUCAUAUGCGUAUUCAAGAAAUACAACGAUCUGAAGCGGGAGAUUCACCCAUAUGACGGACCUGAUGCUGACCUUGACUACGGCGAUAAAUUCAAGGAAACCCAGCUAUCCACUAGGAACAACCUCAGCCGGGCUGGCGCAGGGGGCGGCGGUGGAGGUGGGAGAGACUCUUACCUGGGCGAGUCGGACUCUGACGACGAAACCGACUAUAACAAGGUCUUCAGCGUGGUGCCCGUAGGAGAUGACGAUCGCCAAAAGCUGGACGGGAGGCGUGUCCACAAAUACCGCGUCAGGGAUCUCGAUCUUUCAAUCACUGUAAUGAUCGCUUGGAUUUUCUUCAUCCUGCUCUGGCUUAUUUAUAUCAUCGUGCAUUAUAUCUACGUCUAUGACGCCAUCCUGAAGCUUAUCCUCCCUAAUGGUGUUGUGACGGCAGGCAUGUUCCUGUCUCAUUUCACUCUGGUAUCCAAAGUUGUCAUCUAUUUCGCGCACAAUCGGCGGUUCAGGAAGCAUUUGAAAUCUGCGCUUGGCUGCACGAGUAAACCUGCUCCGAAAAAGGAGGUCAACGUCCUGAGGAUACCAAAAGAACCUCAGUAUGCUCGAAAGAACGCUGGUGGUCCCCAAAAUGUUAACAUUUACAGGCGGGAGGGGGUAGAUUAUGACUUCUAAAUAAACUAUGACAGUCGUAAGGAAAGGUUUAUUCAGAAGCAGGCAAGGAUGUUAAAGAAGAAUCCCACCAUUCACGUGUUUGGACGGUGUAAACGAAAGAGACCACUUUGACCAAAAGUGCGGAUUCCUCUUCGUGGUUUGGAUUAGUUCAUCUGAACAGCAUACUUCGCCACAAUAUACUCUGAUGUAAAGUCAUUGGACAUUUCGAAACGGGGUAUCAUUCGUUUUUAAUAAAGCCCUGGUGGCCUGAUAUAUAGAAUGGAUCGAAUUGAGUUGCGUAGAGACGCAAAAGGGUAUAGCCACUCCAGCCGGCUUUUGAACUUGAAAAAUUGUUGGAAUCCAAAGUCAAGGUAUUUGCGCACUGGUAAACGCUUUUGGGCCCGUGUAAUUCUCGUUUGGAGUUACAGAUUUAUGAUUUAGUAGAGUUUAUAUCAUUUUGUUAGAAUUAAAUUAUUUGACUGUAAAUACACCAGAUUCAUAUAGCUAGUAUAAGCCGUAUAUAUCUGACGGGAUUCUCUGACUGUGUUCAAUUUUACUAGAUUUCAUUACAAGUCAAUAUUUUAUCACCAUUGUGCGGUUGAGACUUGUCUUGCCCAGGGACUGGGUGGGAGGCAGUUAUGGGCGGACGGGGCAAGGGUUCACAUUAUGUAGAGCGCGGUGGCAUGCUGGUUAUGACGUCCGACUCUCGAUCAAGGGUCAUAAUCGGGUAUGUUUGUAUACUGAGAAACGAUUAAAUCAUGGUUUUAUUCGUGGAUAAAAUUGUUGGAUCAAGUCGAAAUCCCGUUCAAUUUCAUCUAUAGUAAACCGUUAGCGACAGUGAUCUUGCUGCUGUCGGAACCCUACCUCCCUCUGUUUUAACAGACGCAAAAAAGCGUGCAGGCGUGGUGUCAAGUUCAUUGCUAUAUUCAAGGUUUCGUUUUCGCCAUUUGAAUAACGUUUUAUUUGUAGCGUUUUUAUCGUUUGGAUAAUGAAAUCGAUUUACACCAUGUGUAAAAAAUCGGGGUAAAAAGUCACUCUUAAGUAGAUUGUAAAGUAUAGGUGUAGUAUCACUCCGCCUUUUCAAAUCCGCGUCCAAGGUUGUUUCUUCUCCACGGGUAUUUUUCAUAAUCAUUGUCUGCCGGCUAGUCAUCUUCCAAGCAGUAGCUUUUCAGAACAGAAAACAGUGUGUGUGUGGGUGGGGUUAUUUCAAAACAGCGAAAAAUAUAGAUUAGCCUACGGAUUCAUUAUUAGAACGCACUCAGAUUAUAUGAGAUACAUCAGAAAGUACUACUUAAAUAUUAUACUAAUGACGUGGGACCACCCGAACAGUAGUUUUGUUUCAAAGCUGUCUGUGAUACAUGUAUAAAACUUGUUGAAAAAAAUGUGUUUUAAUGAAUGUAUAUUUACGUAAUGUAUAUUUUUAUUACAUUUUCUUGUAAAUACACGUCAACUUAUGUGGACAGAUGAGGUAGAAGUACCCGGUAGAAAAA